UUCAACUCCAUGAAACUGUAGAUUCAGUUCCCUCUCUCUUCCUCUCUCUUUCUCUCUAGCUCAAACUUACCUGAUAAAGAAUUUCGUUAUCUUAUAACCGUCAGAGUUAGAGAGCGGGAUUCGUCUCUCUCCCUCCCUCUCCCUCUCCCUCUAGCAGACUAUAGAUUGCAGCCUUCAUGGCGGUUUCAGUCUUCUUCUUCUCUUUUUUCUCUCAUCGCCAUCUCAGAGAAUCAUUGAAAAGCUUGUUCUAUGUACCAGCCAGCUUAGCUUUCAUGACCUUCAUUUUCCUUCUAAUCUAUAUCUCUUCAACCUCAAAACUAAUCAUCCACACCCACCACAUCCAUCAACUUCACAUAAAACCACCACUUCAGCUUUCAACCAUCACUUCGCCGCUACCGACCUCCCCGAUCGUCAGAAUUUCGCCUGAGAAUCUCUUUGAAAAUUCCUCUCUGGGUUUGCCAGAACCGGAUGAAGUCAAUGACAAUCCUCUCUUACAUAAUGUUAUGGAAAAUUCAGAGAGUCAAUUGUCACAAGGAGGAGUACUUCAAAUGGCCUCAAAUGGUUUUACUGUUACAGAAACUUAUGAAAGUAACAACGAGGUGAAUAACAACGAGGUGUUGCCUGAAAAAGAUAUCAACGAAGAGUUGCCUGAAAAAGAUAUCUUCAUGAAUAACACUGAACUGAACAACAAAGAGGUGUCCCAUGAUCAUCAAGACAUCUUCGUACACAAAAACGAGGUGUUCCACGACCCUGAAAUAUUUUUACAAAAUUAUAAAGAGAUGAACAGAAGCCUGAAAAUCUACGUUUAUCCCCACGAACGAAACCAUCCCUUUGCGAACGUCCUCUUACCGGAGAAAUCCGAGCCCGGAGGUAACUACGCCAGUGAAAGUUUCUUCAAGAAAGCUCUAAUGAAAAGCCAUUUCAUCACCAAGGACCCUUCAGAAGCAGACCUAUUCUACCUCCCAUUUUCAAUAGCAGGAUUGAGGAAUGACAGGAGAGUCGGGGUCGGAGGGAUUAAAGAUUUCAUCAGAGACUAUGUUUAUAAGGUUAGCCAUGAGUAUCCUUAUUGGAAUCGAACAGGUGGUGCUGAUCAUUUUUACGUGGCUUGUCAUUCUGUUGGGAGGUCAGCAAUGGAGAAAGCUGUUGAAGUGAAGCUAAAUGCCAUUCAAAUGGUGUGUUCUUCGAGUUAUUUUCUGCCUGGGUAUAUUGCUCACAAAGAUGCAUCAGUCCCACAGAUUUGGCCGAGGAAAGGAGAUCCCCCAACUCGAGCACCAUCCAAAAGGAAAAAGCUCGCCUUCUUCGCCGGAGCAAUGAACUCUCGAGUCCGCGGAUACCUCCUUCAACAAUGGCGAAACGACUCCGAGAUCUUUGUCAACCAAGGAAGGCUCAAAACACCUUACUCCGAAGCACUUCUAAACAGCAAGUUCUGCAUCCAUGCCAAGGGCUUUGAGGUGAACACGGCUCGAAUCGGGGAUGCAAUGUACUAUGGCUGUGUUCCCAUCAUCUUGGCCGACCACUAUGACCUCCCAUACGCAGAUGUAUUAGAUUGGGAGAGCUUUGCUCUUGUUGUUUCAACGGUUGAUAUUCCAUUGUUGAAGAAAAUACUUGGAGAGAUAGGUUUUGAUGAGUAUCGGAGGUUACAGAGAAAUGUUGUCAAGGUACAGAAACAUUUCCAGUGGCAUCAUCUUCCUGUAGACUUUGAUGCUUUUUACAUGGCUAUGUAUGAGUUGUGGCUCAGGAGGAGUCAUGUGAGAGUUCCAUUGGGUGCUUUGUAGUAAAUCCUGGCACUUGAGAGGAACACAUAUGUACAUUACAUUGUCCAUACAUGAAAAAAAAAAAAAACAAUGUUAAGCUCCCGCUAUUGUAGGAUCUGAGUUAAAUGUAUGUAAUUUUACGUCUACAAACCAUUGUUUACGAUUGUGU